GCUCCAGCCGCCGCGUUCAAAACCUCGCGUCGCCCUCCGCAUUUUCAAAAAUCAAAACCCUCGCCGAUCCCUCGCCUGCCUCCCAUCGCGACCCCUCAAUCCACUGCUAGGGUUUCGGUCCACCAUGGCGAGGGUCAGCCGGACGACGCCCAACGCCGCGGCAUCGUCGCGGACCAAGGAGGCGGCGGCGCCCAAGUCGCGGACCAAGAAGACCCCUGCCGCGCCCCGGUCGCGGACGAAGAAGACCCCCCCGGCCGCCACGCCGCCCUCUCCGGCGCCGGCGACUGCGCCGGCGAAUCAGACGGCACCUGCGAAUCAGACGGCACCUGCGCCGGCACAGGCGAAUCAGACGGCACCUGCGCCGGCGCCGGCGAAUCAGACGGCACCGGCGCCGGACGUGGAGGUGAUCGAAAUCUUCGAUUUCCCCACCCCAUCGUUGAGCUCCGGCAAGAGGAGGGAUCGGAAGAGGGCGGGGGCAACCGCCUCCUCGCCGCUCGACGUCGACGAGAUCGAGAUGUGGACGCCGCGGCAGAAGCGCCGAUUCGACGAGGACUGCCUCAUCCUCUCCGCCGACCCCCUGGCCGCCAACAAGGCCCGACCCGUCGUCGUCCCCGCCGCCGCCGCCGACGAAGACUUGGCAGUUGUCGCCGAGCGCGGCCCGGUGGCCUGCAGAGAUUUUCCGCACGCGAGGUAUCUCUGCGUCAAGUUCCCCUUCGCCACCACCCCUCACGAGAAGCACUGCGAGCAGUGCUACUGCUUUGUGUGCGACGUUGCUGCUCCGUGCACAACUUGGAGAGGACAUGCCAUGUAUGGGCAUUGCCAUGCUUCAGACCAGGACAAGAUUUGGAAAACCAUGAGAGGAGCGAAGAAGGCGAACCCGUGCAAGACCUACUGAUCGUCAACCAUGCUUUAAUCAUCCAUUAGCUUGUCCGGGCCGUAUGGUUACUUUGCAGAAUUACCUGUAUAGAGUUGGAUUAGGAAAGAACAUGAUAUAAUCUUCUACCAGAACUCGGUGCAUGAGCUCGGAAUGUAUUGCAAACAAACUAGCAGCCGAUACAUAUGGCAUAUAUUAAUAUCAGUGCAAUCAGCUUAAUGUUCUA